CUUCCAGUUAAAAUAACUUUAAUCAUAAUUAUUAAUUAAAAACAAAAAUUCAGUUUUAUUUCAAAAGUUAAUUACAGUUCAUAAGUAUGUCUGUUGCAAUGUUUGUUAGUUUUUAAACGAUUAGAGUUGAAUUUCGAACGCGGAGGCGAGUGGUCGACCGAUCUUCCACUGCUGUGCAAUAUAUAUAAAUCUACUUCAACGUGUGUGUUAUUUGUGAUUUUGUUUACUUAACGUGGUUCGUCGGUGACUACUGAAGAUUUUAGAACGAGACAAAGGAAUUAUUCAAAGAUGAAGAUGGAGUAAUUUAUCCAUGUUUUUCAAUUUUGUUUACAAGAAAAUAAAUUUCCCAGAUAAACCCAAUCCAAAUGAGAAUCAAGCCGAAGUAAUCGUUUGCAGUAACAGUCCUGCAUCGUCCCAGUCACCAUGGAUCACAUUCGAUACGGCCACGGACACGUGCUUGCGCAGCAACAGCAACAGUAUGGUAGACCAGUUUCCUCCAUAGAUGCUGCCCAUGCAUCCGAAUACUUUGAACACUUCAUCAACGCCACAUCUCUGAAAACGAUCCUUGGCUACCACCGUUCGAUAUGCGACCACUUGCAUCUCAAGCCCAAUCUGUUCCCUCUGUUUUAUCCGAAGCUCAGGGCCAAUUUAACGACAUGGAAGGCAAAAGCUCUGUUGAAGAAGUUCGACGCUAGGGCUGCCCAUAAAUGCUACGGUAAAGGGAAAAUAUGCGCCAACACGAGGGUUUUGAUUAUCGGUGCUGGUCCCUGUGGAUUGAGAACCGCCAUAGAAGCCCAAUUAUUGGGUGCCAAAGUGGUCGUAGUCGAAAAACGAGACCGACUUUCCAGAAAUAACGUUUUGCAUUUAUGGCCUUUCGUUAUUGAGGAUUUAAGGGCGCUGGGUGCCAAAAAAUUCUUUGGCAAGUUUUGCGCUGGAGCUAUUGAUCACAUUAGUAUAAGGCAGUUGCAAUGUAUUCUUCUGAAAGUGGCCCUCUUAUUGGGGGUUGAAAUUCACACGGAAGUUAGCUUUGAAAAAUUAAUAGAACCUAGUGCAACAGAGAAGACUGGAUGGAGGGCGGAAUUCAAGCCAGCCGACCAUCCCGUCGCGCAAUACGAAUUCGAUGUGAUAAUUGGCGCUGACGGCAAACGCAAUACAUUACAGGGUUUCAACAGAAAGGAAUUUAGGGGAAAGCUUGCAAUAGCAAUUACUGCCAAUUUUAUCAAUAAGAAAACGGAAGCCGAAGCCCGUGUCGAGGAAAUUAGCGGCGUAGCAUUUAUUUUUAAUCAAAAAUUCUUUAAGGACUUGUACGAGGAGACUAAAAUCGAUCUAGAGAAUAUAGUGUAUUAUAAAGACGAUACUCAUUAUUUUGUUAUGACUGCCAAAAAAGCUAGUCUUCUAGAGAAAGGUGUAAUUAAGCAGGACUUAUCCGACACCGAGAAACUAUUAGCUAUGGAAAACGUCGAUAGAGAUGCACUUCAGGAGUAUGCCAAGGAGGCUGCAAACUUUAGUACAGACUAUCAAAUGCCGGACCUGGAAUUUGCGGUAAACCAUUAUGGCCAACCAGACGUAGCUAUGUUUGAUUUCACGUCCAUGUAUGCAGCUGAAAACGCUUCUAAAACCAUGGAACGCAACGGUCAUCAGUUAUUGAUGAUUCUGGUUGGAGACAGUUUACUUGAGCCUUUUUGGCCCACCGGAUCAGGUUGCGCCCGAGGUUUUCUAUCGUCAUUGGACGCAGCGUGGGCUAUUAGAAGCUGGGCCUCUCCUACCACCACGCCCUUAGACGUUUUGGCGGAGCGCGAAUCAAUUUAUCGGUUGCUAGCCCAAACCACGCCAGACAAUCUGAACAAAGAAUGGAAAUCUUACACUCUUGAUCCUAUUACUCGUUAUCCCAAUCUUAACAAAAAUGUUGUCAUGCCACACCAAGUGAUUAGCCUGUACGACACCGAUAAUCCGGAUAGUAUCGAACAAAUGAGAAGAGCUGUCCGGGAAGUCACACCUGUUGUAGAAGUGCCUAGGAAACGAAGACAUGGUGACGUUGAUAACGAUGUACUAUUUAAUUGGAUAGCAGAGCAAGUAAAAGGACAUGAAGACAUCACAUUAACAGAUUUAGAAUCAGUUCUUAAGGAUGGAAAAGUACUAUGUGCCAUCAUACAUCACUACAGGCCUGAUUUGUUGGACUAUAAUGCCAUCAAAGAUGAUAAUCCUGCCAAGAAUAAUCAGUUAGCUUUCGAUUUAUUAGAAAAAGAGCUUGGUAUUCCUCCAAUUGUCACUGGAGAAGAAAUAACAAAUUCUGUAGAUUAUCUAACAAUGGUUUCUUAUUUGACCCAAGUUUACCAUACAUUUAGAGGUGAAAUACCACACAUCAAACAUCAAAAAUUGUCUCUUAAGAAAAAGAGCAAGAACAAAAAUCGUAAAAGAAAAAUGUCUAAUCUUGGAGAAUCUGACUAUGUAGCAACAUACAGUAAAAAAUCUUGUACCUUGAAAUUUACAGCAGAUAAGUCAGAACCAACAAAAAUUAAUUUAACAGUUGUUACUGAAAACAGUGAAACGCAUAGUUGCAUUGAUGUUUCAAAGAAGAGUUCUAGUCGUACCCUUUUUAAAGGAACUUCUAAAAAGUCUAGUAAAAUUUUAGAUUGUAAAAAUGAUAAAUUUGAUGUUCAAAAAAGUGCCAAUCUUGUAGCAAAAUCCAUUAAAAAUUGUUACAAUAUACGUUAUAACAACUACAGCAAAGAUCUCAAGCAAGAGAAGUCCACGCAUUCACGUAAAUUAAUUCAAAACACAGAAAAUAUGCCCCAAUUAGUUGAUGAAACAACUAAGAACUCUAAAACUACAAAAUGCAAUAAGAAUCGUAAGAGUGCAAAUAAUUUGGAGCAAGAAUUAAAACCUAGUCCUUCUAAAAAUAUAAAACGUAAUUCUGAAGGUCCAAGAUUACAGAAUUUAAAUAAAUCACGUCCCAGAUUUCGUAAAAAAGUCAACGAACCAAAAUUUGUACAUAUACUUUAUCCUGUGGAUCCCAAGCGUAAACUAGGUGACAUUGAAGUUAUAAAAACUGCAUCUUCCCAUAUUGAGGAAAAUGUGAUUCGGUCAGUUAGCACUUUAGACAUAGAACAAGGAAAUAUUACGAAGGACACGUCAUAUGAAACUGUACAGAAUGGUGAAGAAAAUGAUGAACAAAUAACAUACUUGUUUCAGAAUAAAAAUUUUGGAACUUACACCAAUGAUGAUGAUGGCCUUUCAAGAAAUAAUGAAAAAAGCUUGAAAUCAAAUAGUGCCACUAUUUCCGUGAUCAAUAACACAUGUAAUAUCAACCCACCUGAAUGUUCUAAGACAGACUUAGUCUUAUGUUCCAAGGAAAAUUUAAAUUUUCCCAAAAAAGAUAAACAUAAUGCCGUUAAUAUACAAAUAGUUCAAAAAACUGAGGAAAACUGUUAUAAAUGUCAAAGAAUUAUAUUCGAACCAACAAUAAAUGUACUAACCAUAUCAAAGCAAUCAGUUCUAGUAAAGAACAAAAUUCAGUCAGAACUCUAUAAGUACGACAAAGAGAAAAUUACUAACGAAAAUUACAAACUUCAAUUUACAAUGAACAAGCAAGAAAACAAUUUCAAUAGAAUAUCGACUUGGGUAAACACACAUGACUUCAGUAAAGGCGAUUAUGUUAAGGAUGAAAAUGAAAUUAUAGUGAAUAUAGUACCACGUACAGAGGUGGUACGAUGUGACAGUUGUUCGAAUAAAAUCGCAAAACAAUGUGAAAUAAUUUCAAACGAAUUAUCUGAAUGUAUUUUGAAAACUGAGUCUAAAUGUUCACAAUUAGAGAUUCGCAAGUAUGAACCGGAAAUCAAGAAGUCAAAACCCAGUUUAGCUAACAAAAUCAAAAAGAAGCUCGAACUCCCCGAAACCAAACGUAGCGAUGCCACGUUUAAAAUGGGUAAGCUGGCUGAUUAUCAGCAGGCUAGCCAAAGGCAAUCCGCACGGCACAAACGCCAUGCCGAACCGUUUUCAACGAAAGCGAAUGUUGAUCGAAAAACGAGAAAACGUCGCACUUUGGAACGCGUCGGAACAAGCGUCGUCGAAAGGCAAAAGGCAUUGGAAGAGAUUGCCGCCAAUCGUAACGAGAGACAAAAUAAAAGGAGACAGCAGAGAAGACUGCAAACAGAACAGUUUCUGAAAAGCAUGCAAAUGCUUCAAAUGAACGCCAAACCUGAUAACUCUGAACCCUUUGAAGAUUACUCUAUAUUUUUGUAUCGACAAACUGCCCCUAAUUUUGAAGACAGGGUUAAAGAUUUAGAGAAAAAAUUCACCUAUGUACCAGAUCACGAUAAUAAAUUACCUAGUCUCAACAAAGGAGGAAACGACGAAGAUUUGCAGGCUCGUAUCAAAAAUUUGGAAAACAAAUGGAAGGACCCACAGCCUGUUGAACGCAAACCGAAAGAUUUGCUCAGGGCUAUCGGAAAAUUGGACACCAACGAUUGGAAUGUCAAGGAAAUUGAAAAGAAAAUUAUGGAGAAUAAGUUGGGCAAGCCGAGUAAUAAGGACAAAGAGAAGGUUCCCAAAUGGAGUAAGGAACAAUUUUUGGCGAGGCAAACGAAAAUGGAAAACAAGCAUUUGGAUAGGCAGGAUAGCACCGAAGCUAAAUUUGCCGACAUAGAUAAAAAUAUUAAGCACUUGGACAUGAAAUUAAAAGAAGGCACCGUCAGGGAAUUAGGCCAAAACAAAGUUGCUUCAAUAACGGAGAAGUUGGUCAGCAAAGUGCCCACACCUACUGAACAGAAACCUGUCGAAAAGAAUACAAGCCGUCCACAGUUUACUUUACCAACUCAGGCUGCAUCGGAAUUUUGUCAUUUUUGUGAUAAACGCGUGUAUCUUAUGGAAAGAUUAUCGGCUGAAGGAAGAUUUUUCCACCAUGGAUGCUUUAAAUGUCAGUAUUGCCAUACACAACUACGUCUGGGUUCAUACUCUUUCGACAGAGACGGACAGUACGGUCAUAAAUUCUUCUGCGUUCAUCACUACGGAAUGCAAGGAGAGCUUCCCCGUCCCACACGAGUGGUCAGGAAACCGUCCCAGAAGCAUACUACGAAUAGAAGUCCAGACAAGAAACGGUCGGCAGGCGUAGCUGGACUGGAUCUUUUGGAUAGAGUGCAAACUCCGGAAAGAAUCGAAUUUGCCAAUUUGUCGUCUGGCAGCGUUUUAUCAGACAAUGAUGAGCCUCUGACCCAAAUGGAUGAAGAUGAAUGGACUGAUAAAAACUUUGGUGCAUCUUGUGCUGAAUUAGACGACACAGAUGAAUCUUCUAGUUACAGUGACUCUGACUCGGAUGAUGAUGAAGAAGCAUAUGACGACGCUCUUGAAGAACCUGCUACAAAGGAAGGCACAUUAAGAUUAGCCCAAAAACUAAAAUACUACAGGAAGAAAAAUUUAUCCGAGUCCGAUGAAUACAGCAGUUCCGAUCAAUCAAGCUACGAUGAGAAUUCCAGUGAUGAUGAGGAUUCUGAUACAGCCACAGAAGGUGAAGAGGAAAUUCGAGCCAGGGAACUACGCAAACAGGAAGUGAGAGUAGAGCCACCACUUGUACACCCAGACACGGGCACUGAUACAGAGGUUGUUUCUGAUGAGACCAGUUCCGAAUCAUCGAGCGAAAUACAAAACUCGGCAACAGAAAUUUCGACUGAUUCCGAGUUCGCACAUGACGAUCCAACACCCACUCGGGAAAUACCAAAGAUAACAUUUAACGAUGUGAACGUUACAAAAACGCGAGGUAGCACACAGGCCCCUAAACGCAUACAGGUGACCACUGGCUAUUUACAACAACCAGUGAAUGGAAAUAAGCACAAACAGGAUAUAGAACUGAAACUUAGCCCUCUUGUACCUUCUGCACCUAUUGUUAAAAAACCUGCACCAGUGUUACAGCCACGACCCGAUGGUUAUGCAUUAAAUCGCACUCAAAGCACUGGGGGAAUUGCGGCUAAAAAGUCACUCGAAUUAAAAAAGAAGUAUUUGCUGGGUGAAUCUGGAGCACCUGGGGGCAUUCAAAAGUCUGGUAGCGCAUCCACUCUUGACACAAAGUUUAAAUCCUUCCAAACGGACAUUUCCGAUUGUCAAAAACUUCUUAGGCCUGCUGCUGAAAUUAGUGCUAGCAUGAAGGUGUUUUGCAGUAAAUUAGAUGAACUUUCGUCUUCAAAAUUAUCUCCUGGUUCGUCUCCGCAAUUAAUUGCUAAGGAAUUAAAUACCCAAGAGAAGAAACAAGAAGAACCCGUUGCCAUAAAACCUUUGCCACCUCCAGAUGUUACCAAGGAUACAGAAAAAGCCGAGCCAUAUCAGUUCCAAAAUGAACUGGAGGGCCGACCCAGAAGUCCCGUACAUGAGACUUCAAUAAUAGUUCCGCAAAUUGAUUGGAGUAAGACUGCAAACAACGAUAGUCACUCGGAAGAUAGUUUAUCAAUUACUUCUAGUUCAGGGAACGAGUGUGCAACCACUCCCAAUUUCCAGUUUCCUACGAUACCAAAGGUGGAAGUACAUACUCCUGUUGAAGAAGAUGAUAUACCACCAGAUUCUUUGUGUAUAGUGGAACCAGUAAUACCUAAACCAGAGCAAGUCACCCCCGUACAUUCGGAACCUUCGAAGUCAAUUACAAGUGAGAAAAAAACAUUAAAUCAGCCCAAAUCUCUCCCAUACCUGGAAAGAAUGUUACCUGAAAUUCAUAACUCUCUGCACGUGCGAUACAAGAAAGAUGAACCUGAAACAGCACCUUCUAAAGAGUCAAAUCUGGAAAUAGACAAUAAAUCAAGUGGCAGGAGUACUCCGGAUUCUGGUGCUGAACAAGUUACGGUGGCUUUAACAGAAACGGAACUGUCUGAUUGGGCAAAAGAGGGAGAAGUCUCAGAUGAUUUAGAGGAAUUUGCAGAAUUUGAAUUAAACGAGUCAGUAGAAAAUAGAAGUAACAAGAAACCUAAGGAAAUUUCUUUAGAAGGAAUUAAGAAAGCGGAUAUGGAAGAAUUCGAAGAUUUCGGACAUGUUUGUGGUAAAGAAAAGGACAAAUUAGAAGAAAUUGUUCAAGCAAAAAAUACCAGCUUGUUGGAUGGAUGUAAAUCACUCAAAUCCAAUUUGGAUAACAUCGAGUAUAUGGAUACAGGCACGGAAACCAGUAGUGAUGAUGGAAUAGUUGAUAGCCAGGAUGGAUACGUUUUAUUUAAAAAUGAUGAUGAAUUACCUGAAGAUAGCUUGAAUCCCACAAUCAAUGAAGUAGUAGAAGCUCAUAAUGAUCACAUCACCUCCAAGACAGAACCUGUUAAAAAUACAGGUUACUGUAUAAUAUCUAACUCAAAAAAUAACUUCGGUAGUGAAGUUAUUGACUUAAAACCGAGUGAUUUAGAAAAACUUAAACAAAAACAAUUAGCCACUGAGCAUGAUGACGAUAGUUUACUAAUUGUAGACACUGGUACUACUACUGAAGAAAAUACAUGUAGCGAUUCGACAGUAAAAAAUGUUACUGAAAUUAUACCGGAUAAACCAAAAUUAGCUAUUGAAAACAAUAAUUCUCAAAAGAUUAGAAUGGAAGAGAAACUAGCUUCAGUUAAAGCAGAAUUAAAACAAAUAAGUGAUAAGAAUUUACAAUCUAGUCAAACUCAACCAGCAGAUGAGAUAAAUUUGGAAUUUGAUGAACAUUGUCAAAGACUACAAUCAAAAAUUGAAUUUGGCAAUGCCAAAGAUUCCAUCGACAUUCGAAAAUCAAGAAGAAAGAGUAAAUCUGAAUUACCUCAAAAACCUGAUCUAAUACAAGAGGAAAGAGAUAAACCAAGUCCAGUACAUACGGCAAAAGACAUUACUCUAAAUCUAACUCCUACAAUUCCAACUCCUGAUGUUCUUUAUAAAAGGGAGAAUAUCAAGAGAGAAAGGGACAUGAACCAAAAAUUGAUUCAAGAAAUGGUAAUGAAUAAAAUGAAAGCUGAAAAUAAACCACUGGAGAGGAAGAGAAGAAACAGAACUCCUAGUAAACCAUAUGAUAUUACCAAGUCAGCAACUUCAGAUAUAUCUCAACUGAAUAUAGACAAUAGUAACAGGAAUUCAACAUUUUCCAAUACUAGCAUAUAUUCCACACCAGAUGUUUUGUUAUCAACAAAUUCUGUACCUCUACAACAUUCACAAUCUGUAAAUACUGUUCCAAGUUUAAAUACAUCUUCCGAGUAUUCGACACCACUGUCACUAAGUUCCAUUGGAAUAAACAGUAGAAAAUCAAACGAUAAACAAGGAUCUUUAAACACAAAUCCCAAUGUAAACAAUAAAUUAUUUAAUGAUUUUCAAACACCAAAAGCUCCUCCACGACAGAAAUACGAGGAACUAAGUCGUACGUCUGAAAAGAUGAAACAGGCAGCUAGAGAAAAGGUGCGACAAAUGUCGAACGAAGCAUUGGGUCUCAGUCCUGAAGACAAGUAUCAAACAGUCAAAGAUAAACAUUGUAAGAAAGGAAAAGAGAACUCUGACGUAACUUGUACAGUUCAGUCUCUGGAACCUCGAAAUUCUUGGCUGCAUUUAAACAACACACUCACUAGAAAGAAAAAUAAUUCCACACCAAAAUUGGCCUCAAGUUCAAACAAUCUAAAUGCUCCAACAAGAACUAAAUCUAUUUCUGGAAUAAACAAUAAUUAUUCAACACAAAACCAAAGUCCCGAUUCCAUCAAAAUGUGUAAAUCUGAUCCCAACUUGUUAGACACUGAAGACAUUAAACACAAAAAGAAAUCCAAGGGUGAGGGAAUCAAAAAUUUCUUCAGGAGGAGUCAGACUUUCUUUAAAAAUCUUUCUCCAAAGAAAAUCGAUAAAGCAAAGUCAUGUUCAAAUCUGGACCCCAGAAAAUCUGAUGAAAUCGUGGACAUACCAAUUAGAAGGAAAAGCUAUUCAGAAUGGUCUACAGACAAUGUGGAGAAUAUUUCUCCGCCUCCAAUACCACCAUUACCAGUAAACUAUACUGGCAAUUCUAUUAAAGGAACAGAUGAGAGUUCAGAUGGUGAACAUGACUGGAAGAAACAUGAACUUAGUUCGUGUGACACACUAGAUCAAACAAGUGUUUUAGACCAUUCAAUUGUAAGUGUUUCUGGAAGAAGAAGUAAAUCUGCUAAAAAGACCGCCAGACAGACACAGCUUAAAAGACAUCGAAUGGCUCAAGAAAUCCAACGAAAACUCGAAGAGACUGAGGUAAAAACAAGGGAAUUGGAAAAGAGAGGUGUAACAGUGGAGAAAGCCUUACGAGGAGAAGACAGCGAACAUUGCUCAAAAGAAGAAUCCGAGCUAUUACAAGAAUGGUUCGAUUUAAUGAGAGACAGGACUGAAUUGAGAAGAUAUGAAAAAGAAUUGAUGGUCAGAGCUCAGGAAUUAGAAUUAGAGGAUCGACAUGCGAGAUUACAACAGGAUCUCAGGGAACGAUUAGAAACUGAUAAGAAAACUGAAGACGAUGUAAAAUGUGAAGAAAAAAUUAUUGCCGAAAUGCUGGAAAUCGUUUCGAAGAGGGACUCGCUGAUUGCUAUUUUAGAAGAGGAUCGUCUCAGGUAUUCGCACGAAGAUCGUGAUUUGGAAGAACAAAUGCUUGCAAAAGGAUUAAGACUAACCCCAAUAAGAAAAACUCAAGAAAAUUAAUUUAUAUGAAAUAUUAUUUAUUUGUCCUAAAGUUAUACUUCUAUAUCUAAUGUAGAUGAUAGAAUUCAAAUUAAUUUCGCUUUUAAGUUUUACUACUUGACUUUUAUAUAUAUAUUUUUAUAGGCUAUCUAUCUUAAUAUUUACAUACUUAAAUAUAACUAGUCUUGAAAUUGUUAUUUACUAAGUGAUAUUUACCGCUUAGUUCUGGAACAUUGAAUUGUGAUUGUGAAUUGUAUUUUUUGAUAAGGAAUUGUAAAGAAUUGUACAAACAUAUUAUUUUAUGAAUGCAUAUUAUUAUGUGUUGUCCUUGUGUGAAUAAAAUUUGCUUUUAUACAUUUUAA